AUGAUUUCCAUCGCAUGUGCACCGUUGAAGGGGCCGAUCGUGGUCACUAGAGCGGCCUCCAAUCCUAGAAAAUUGGUGCCGGCCGGACUUGCACCAAGCUGGCUUGCGCAAUCACCUUUAAAGAAGCCUACGUGGCUCUUCAACGAAAGUAAUGUGGACCGGCUCUGGCGAUGGAACGAUGGUCGACGUGACUUUGGUUGCCGUCUGAUUGCUGAUGGCGAUCGUAUUACCGAAUUUUUCGCAAGCCAUGAUCGCGAGGACUUGGACAUUGUCACUCGUUGCAGCAGCUAUAACUCCUCUGAAGACAGAAAAAACCGACUGUGA